UUUGCCCUGCGCCGCUGUCACUUCCAGUUCCUACUUCUCCGAUCCAGGUCCGGGUCACUGCUUCCCCACUGCUAGCUGGGUCCCUCCAGGCCGUUCGCCCUCCUAGGCUGUGCCUACAAGCGGCAGGAGGUCAGAGCAGCCAGCUCAGAGGGGUGUGUGUGUGGGGGGAACCUCAGGGACAGGCGCUCUGGGGGGAUCCAGUCCCCUCCAUUAGCAGCCCCGCGUGCCCACACUGGGCUCACUGCCAACGCAGCCAGCGGGGCGCCCUUCCCGCACCCCGAUUGGAUUCGAUGGUCCUCCCCUCUGUCUGCUUGAUCCAGCUCCAGCAGAAAGAACUUGAGGGCAAGAAUCUCCUUUAAAAAAGGAAAAAAAAACAAGGCAGCGAUUCCGCGGACUGGAGAGGCUGCCGGCGCGGCGCUGCACGGAGUUUGGCGACGGGCGCCCCCCUCCUCGCUUGCGUCCAGGAGCAAAGUUGCAGCCGCCCCUCCCCGCCGGGGCGAGCCGAGCUCAGCUCGCCAGUUCCUCUGUGGUGGCGGCGGUGCGCAGGCAAAGGGUCCCAGCGCUGGCUCCGGGGAGCUCGGCUCCCGCAGCCUUGGCACGGACUCGCUUGGCCGCCCCCGGGCCCUGUGACACGGAAGGGCGAGCCGCUUCUUCCACGAGCUUGGUGGCGGCAGCGGCGCGGCUGGAGGGAGGAAGCCGCGGAGGACAGACAGGCGGGCAAGCCGCGGAGCCAGGCAUUUGAUCCUGAUGACCUUUAUUCGGGGAUCAAUUUCGCCAAGGUUUUAACUACUCUGUUAGCUGUUAACAAAGCAACAGAAGAUCAGCUAUCAGAAAGACCAUGUGGACAUUCCUCUUCUCUUAGUGCUGCUAAUACUUCUCAGACAAACCCAGAGGGAGCAGUUUCUAGCACAGCUCCAGGGCCACAAAGGCAGUCAAAGGCAGUGGAGAUGACAGAGAAUGGAAGUCACCAGUUGGUAGUGAAGGCAAGAUUCAACUUUAAGCAGACUAAUGAAGAUGAACUAUCUGUCUGUAAAGGCGACAUCAUUUAUGUCACUCGAGUUGAAGAAGGAGGCUGGUGGGAAGGCACAUUAAAUGGGAGAACAGGCUGGUUCCCUAGUAAUUAUGUUCGAGAAAUUAAAGCCAGUGAGAGACCUCUCUCCCCCAAGGCUGUCAAAGGAUUUGAAACGGCUCCACUUACCAAGAAUUAUUAUACUGUGGUGUUACAGAAUAUCUUGGACAAUGAGAAAGAAUAUGCUAAAGAACUCCAGUCUCUGCUUGUUACUUACCUAAGACCUCUGCAGUCCAACAACAAUCUGAGCUCUGUGGAGUUUACAUCUUUACUGGGAAACUUUGAAGAAGUAUGUACAUUUCAACAGACACUCUGCCAAGCCUUGGAAGACUGUUCUAAAUUUCCAGAAAACCAACACAAAGUGGGAGGUUGUCUGCUGAACCUCAUGCCUCAUUUUAAAUCUAUGUAUUUGGCUUACUGCGCCAAUCAUCCUUCAGCUGUGAGUGUGCUCACUCAGCACAGUGAUGUUCUGGAACAGUUCAUGGAAAAUCAAGGCGCAUCCAGUCCAGGUAUCCUCAUUUUAACAACAAGCCUCAGCAAACCAUUCAUGCGCCUAGAAAAAUAUGUUACUCUUCUGCAAGAGUUGGAACGGCAUAUGGAGGAUACUCAUCCAGAUCAUCAGGAUAUUUUGAAAGCAAUUGUAGCGUUCAAAAUGCUCAUGGGACAGUGCCAAGAUCUGAGGAAGAGAAAACAACUAGAGUUGCAGAUACUUUCCGAACCUAUUCAGGCAUGGGAAGGGGAGGAUAUUAAAACUUUGGGAAAUGUGAUUUUUAUGUCACAAGUAAUGGUGCAGUAUGGAACCUCUGAGGACAAAGAGGAGCGGUACCUUCUGCUGUUUUCAAGUGUCCUGCUAAUGUUAUCUGCCAGUCCUCGGAUGAGUGGUUUCAUCUAUCAGGGGAAAAUAACAGUAGCAGGAAUGGCAGUGAAUAGAUUAGAUGACAUUGACGGGAAUGACUGGUCAUUUGAAAUCACAGGUAACAUAAUAGAGAGAAUUGUGGUCCAUUGCAACAACAACCAGGACUUCCAGGAAUGGUUAGAGCAUCUGACCAGACUAACCAGGGGACCCACCUCUUGCAGUUCAUUAUCCAAAACUUCAUCAUCAUCAUGUAGUGCUCAUUCCAUAUUUUCCCAGUCUUUUAGCUCUAUUGGACAACUUCGAGGACCCUUGGAACCUCUUCAAAUUAUAAAGCCAUGGAGUUUAAGUUGUCUACGACCUGCACCUCCACUUAGACCAUCAGCAGCACUAGGUUAUAAAGAGAGGAUGUCUUAUAUCUUAAAGGAGUCUAGUAAAAGCCCCAAGACAAUGAAGAAGUUUCUUCAUAAAAGGAAGACUGAGAGAAAAACAUCUGAGGAGGAAUAUGUGAUUAGGAAAAGUACGGCUGCUCUGGAAGAAGAUGCUCAGAUCCUUAAGGUGAUUGAAGCCUACUGCACCAGCGCCAAUUUUCAGCAAGGUGCUCGCAAAGAUUCUGUUCCACAAGUCUUACUCCCGGAGGAAGAGAAACUCAUCAUUGAGGAAACCAGAAGCAAUGGACAGACCGUCAUUGAGGAAAAGAGCCUUGUUGAUACUGUUUAUGCCUUGAAGGAUGAAGUCAAAGAACUGAAGCAGGAGAAUAAAAGAAUGAAGCAAUGCCUGGAAGAAGAACUGAAGUCAAGAAGGGACCUAGAAAAGUUGGUUCGGAGACUGUUAAAGCAAACAGAUGAGUGCAUUAGAGCUGAAUCCAGUAGCAAGACCUCUGUUCUUCCAUAACCAACACUGUGUUGCUGGGCAGUGUGCCUUCAGCUCAUCUUGAAAUGUCCAGCCAAAUGAUUUGACUCAGUUUGCUCCCUUCUUUGGCUUUUGUUUUAUUGUUUGACUCUGUCACCCACCCUGUGUGUGAGUGUAUGUGUGUAUUCACAUGCACAUGUGUGUUUGCUUGGAUGUUUGUUGUCAUUUGGUUAUUGGUUGGUCAUUCUUUUCUAUUCAACAGAGGACAAGGCAAAAAGUGGUGGUUGAAGAAGCCCCAGAAUCUUCACCAUUCACUCAGAGCACGAAAGCCAAAGCUCCAUUUCACAGGGUUGUUUGGGUUGGUUUUUUUUUUUUUUGCCCUUGGUCAAGCUUGUUGGCUUGGCUAUUGUCACAAAGCAGCUGCCUAUGGUAUAUUAAAUAUAAACCCAAGUUUCCCUCAAUGCUUUCCUGUACCUGGCAGCCCCUCAGCCCUUCUAGUACCUAAUUGACAACACUUCCUGAGCUAUGACUAGUGUAGGUGAAAGACUAAUACCUUUGUCGAAUGAUCCACAUGCCCUACUCUAGACUCUCACACACCACCCUUCAGUGACACUUCCAAAAGAAAUUGGUACCCCAUGUUGUUUAUGAAGACUCUGAAAAGUGUAAUCUCCUUAUUCCAUCUGUGCGAAUGUACAUUUCGCCUCAGUGGAGCAUAAGUUCUGGCCAUUGGCACUGAACCCAAAUCCAUCAGUGAGUUGCAUUGGGCAAUCCUCUCCUUCAGUAGCAGAGCUGGGCAGCUCUUCCCAGUGCAUGAUAGGUUUCUAACCCCAUUGCCUUCUACCUAAGUGUGUAAAUGUUCUAUUUCCCCAGUACUUUUAGCCAGCCAUACCAAGUGGUGUGAAAAUUAGUAUGUAUGUGCUUUGCUUACUGUGUAAAAAUGUAGUUAGACUGUGAGCAGUUACUUUACAUGACAUGUUCAAAUAAUGACCCUUCCAAGUCACUUACCUGCAUUGAGAAGAUAAUUGUGCCCCAGUAGACAUCUUUCAUUCACUUUAGCUCUCCUUUAUGGUGUGAGAAGUUGUAACCAUCAUUAUAAUCAGCAUCUUUCGAGGUGCACUCAGCAUUAUUGGAAAAAAAUGUGCUAUUAGUCCAGUUUUU